UCAAAGAAGAACGUAAACGACUUCUUAUUCAAAGUCAAUUAGUAGCUUUGACAAAAAGAUUCCUUUUCUACAAGAGGAGAAAUCCUCCCGAAGGAGUGGAAAUUGGAUUGGAAUUGGAUUGGAACUCCCGAAGGAGUGGAUUUGGAGUUGGAAUUAGAAUGGAACUCCCGAAGGAGUGGAAUUGGAAUUGGAAUGGAACUUCCGAAGGAGUAGAGUUGGAAUUGAAAUGGAACUCUUGA